AUGCGGUUUGGCGCGCGCGGUAAUGGCGUGACAAAUGAUGCGGUGGCAUUGCGCAAGGCCAACAAGGCGCGGACCACCCGUUUCCUCUACUUCCCCACGGGCGUGUACCGCAUCAGGAGGAGCCUUGUGCUGAGCAAGCCAGUGAUCAUGGGAGGCUUCCUGGCCCCCAAAAAGAUUAGCUCUGGUGUGAUGUUCAUUGGUGCUGCGCCCAAGCUCAGAGACACCCAAGUGAUCGUGCAGGCUAUCGACCCAGGGCAGUUCAUGAAGAUUACAAAGUUUGCCGCUGUGUUCACGCACACGCGGACGCCGGUUAGCAACUUUGCCUUCCGCUCCGACUGCUGGAAUGGUGGUUACCGGCGGCCGGGGACACAGCUGGCUGGCAGCUUCAGGAACUCACGCUUUCAGUUCCACUUCUCAGACGGAGUCGGCGGCGACGUCUUCAACUUCAAGUCCGGCAGCGCAUCGAACUGGCUCUCCAAAAACGAGAUGGCUGCACGCAUGUUUGAUGAGUGA